AUUCUAAGACCCCGUCUAAUUUGUAAUAAACCUUCUUGUGUCCCACUUCCGUUUUUAUUCUACAUUUUUAAAACGACACCAAGAAAUCCACUUUAAUAACAAAAAUGUAACUGUUUAAAAACAUUAAACAAAAUUAAAUCUACACGAGAAGCCAAAAGUGUUACUAACACGUCUUUUAUUUAAAACCCUAAUUACCGCGCCGUGUACAUUAACAGUUAACGUCGAUUAGCGUUUGAGUUUGUCUCUUUUGUUCUUCGUUGGCAAACAAUCGCAUCGUUUAACGGGGGUUUUCUUUUGAUUGAGGCAGAUGCUCUUUCUCGCGUUAAAGGAAAAUUUGCUCUACGAACCGCGACGUGGUUAUAAGAGCUUAUUAUAUGUAGAGAGAUAUUAACCUGAAUAAUGUCGAAGUGAAUCGAAUAGUACAGUUAAAUAAACAGAUGGCGGAAAAUCGCAACGCAAAAGCGAUUAUCGCGACCAACGACCGUGAUUAUUUAUAACCGAAGCGGCCUUUGAAUUUCAUUGCAAACGAAAAAGAAAUAUUUCGUUUAAAAGAACGAACGCCAUUAAGCGAGCGCGAUUAGAACGGAUAUCCGACCUAAUUACGUCGUUUGUAAGAAGAAGUAUUGCUGAAGUAUGUGUGCUAAUGUCAUAACGUAUUGUUUUAAAAGAGGAACAAAGAAAGGAAAGGAUUAAAGGAUUUUGCGUAGAAAGUUUUUGACCUAAUAAAAAAUAAAUUUGCAUUUUUUACAAAAAAUUUUUUCUUUAUCUUUAUAGAUACCAUCUUUAAAAUAUUCAGUUUAAUAAGAAUGCGGAAUGAAGUUUAUCGGUAGCAUAAAAUUAUGCAUUUUAUCAUCAUUUACCAUUUAUUGGGGUGUUUACGCCGGUUUUGCUUGUUUAAGCAACCCUUGCAUGCAUGGUGUUUGUAUGGACGGCCUUAACACUUCGUAUUCUUGUUAUUGCAUCGAUGGAUACACAGGGGUUCAAUGCCAAACGAAUUGGGAUGAAUGUUGGUCUUCACCGUGUCUAAACGGUGGAGUUUGCUAUGAUGGAAUCGCAAGUUUUAAUUGUUCAUGUCCAGCGGGAUUUGUUGGUGAAGUUUGCCAAGAAGAUUUCAAUGAAUGCGAAAGUAACCCAUGUUUAAAUAACGGAACUUGUUUUGAUAUCACCAAUGGGUACACUUGUAAUUGUUUACCAGGAUAUUUAGGUACUUAUUGUGAAAUUGAUAUCUCGGUUUGUGAUUCUACCAAUGAAACGAGAUGUGCCAAUGGCGGUGUUUGCGUUGAAGGACCUGGAGAAAGUUUUAGUUGUGAAUGUCCAGCAGGUUGGAAUGGCUUUUUAUGCGACCACGAAAUAGAUGAAUGCAUGUCUUCACCAUGUCAACACGGCGCCGUUUGCAUCGACCUUCACGCUGAUUACUCAUGUGCCUGUACAUUUGGAUUUACUGGGAGGAAUUGUGAUGAUGUUAUCAUGGUUUGCGAAGACAAUCCUUGCAGGAAUGAUGCUUUAUGUCUUAUGGAAGCCGGGCAUCCAAUGUGUUAUUGCGUGCCUGAUUUUCAUGGGGAGUGGUGUCAAUAUCAAUAUGAUGAGUGCCAAUUAGGACCAAGAUGUAUGAAUGGUGGAAGUUGUAUUGAUGGUAUAGAUACAUUUACGUGUUCUUGUCCGCCAAAACUAACUGGUUUAUACUGCGAGUGUCUUAUCUUAGAAGACAACUCAUUAGAUUGCACUUAUAUAAAACCAACGAUAAUAGAUUUUACAACAACAGAGAUUCCUAUUACAUUUACGACGACUUCAACGGUUUUUACUGAGAUGCCAAAUUCAACAACUAAUCUUAUAGAUUUAACGAAUUUUACUCAAACCGAAUCUUCAACAAAAUCAUCUUCUGAAUCAACGUUUUCUACUUUUUCGACGGAAUCAACGUUUAUUACUUCGAUUCCAACAGAAACGCCUAUUUCUUUAUCAACGAUUUCUAAUACAACCUCAACUCUAACUGAAAGAUCGACUACUAAGCUAUUUUCAACUGAGAUAACGACUAUUUUAAAUGUGACUGAAACUGAUACGACUUAUUUUCAAUUAGAUACGACGACGAUGGGUAAAGAUGGGAUGACGUCGAUUGGUGACCACGAAGAAACUAGUAGCGAAUUUGUUCCAAUUACGUCGACCGUUUUUUCAACUUUUCCAGGACGUGUAACAGUAACUGAUUUAGUUGAAACAACUUCAUACGGAAAAACAUCGACAUUUUUAUUGUCGACGUUUUUAACUGACGAACCAAGUUAUGUAACUGAAAGCGGUUUAUCUGAGACAGAAAUAACAACAAUUGGUCACGAAAUAACCACUACGUUUAAACCAUUUUUAGAUUGUACAAAAAGUGAAAAUAAAUGUUUAAACGGUGGAACUUGUACUUUUGUUAUGGAUGGUUAUAAAUGCGUUUGUCCUUUUGAUACAGAUGGAUUAUUAUGUGAAAAACACCUUGGUAUACGUAACGCGGCGUUUAAUGGAAAAUCAUUUCUGACUCACCGAUUAUUCAAUCAAUCCCAAGCUUCGAUUUCAUUCAAGGUUAAAACGCUAGCUACAUCAGGAUUAAUUUUUUACACCAAUAUAGAAAAUUCUUAUAUCGCACUUUACUUAGAAGAGGGUCAUUUAAAAUUUAAAUUUUCUUGUGGGUUCCAAACGAUGCUUUUAAGCGAAGUUGAAGUCCCGGUUAAUAACGGAUAUGACAUGGAUAUUAAAACUGAAUUAAAAUUCAGUAAAGAUAAUAAACAUUGUGAAGCUUUUAUUAACAUUAACGAUACGUUAAUUAUGAGUGGAGAUCAAAUUGCUUUAAUGGAUCCUUUUGCGAAGAAAAAUUUAUUGGUACAUUUCGGAGGGAUCCCUGAAAAUUCCCAAAUCGAUGGGUUCGGUUAUGAAGGAUUUAUUGGGUGUAUAAGAAAAUUGGAAAUUUCUGGGAAAGAAAUGUUAAUUUUUAAAGACGCAGAUGAUGGAGUUGGAGUUACUGAAUGUUCCUCACUUGCUUGUUUAUCAAAUCCGUGUGGAAAUGGUGCUAGUUGCUCAGCUAAAGGGGACGAUUGGUAUUGUCAUUGCAAAAAUGGAUUCGUUGGAAAAAUGUGUGAAACAUCAAUCUGCGAUAAUAAUCCUUGUCAAUAUGGAGCAACAUGUUUACCAUUCACAGGAAGUGGUUAUAUUUGUUUAUGCCCGUUUGGAAAACACGGACAUUUUUGCGAAAGCGAUUUAGAAAUUACAAAACCCUACUUUUCAUCUUCAAUCUACGGAUAUUCUUCGUUUAUCGCUUACCCUCUCCCAACGGCGGUUUCUAACAAAUUAGAAAUAAAAUUUCGUUUUUCGCCAGCCACAAUGGACCAAAUCUCGAUUUUAAUGUUUCUUGGGCAAAGAGGUCAACACAAUUUCCAUUCGGAUCAUAUGGCGGUGAGUUUUGUUAAAGGUUAUAUUAUGUUAACGUGGAAUUUGGGUUCUGGUCCAAGAAGAAUUUUCACAUCAAAACCGAUCAACGCGGAAAUGGGGUCGCAUUUAAUCCAUAUUGGGCGAAUUGGAAGACGAGCUUGGUUGUUCGUUGAAAAUCUUGGAAAUAUCACCGGAAGAUCACCCGGAAAUUUAGUCCAACUCGACGUUGUUCCAAUUCUAUACUUAGGCGGACAUGAUUCGAAAAAUUUCACAUCGCUUCCUCACGAUUUACCACUUCAUUCAGGAUUCGCUGGGUGCAUUUACGACGUUGAAUUUAAAUCGGGGGGUUUUGUUAUUCCAUUAGCUGAAUCUAAGUAUGCGUUUGGAAGGGCUUUGGGGCAAUGUGGAACUACUGAGUGUUAUGAGAAGAUUUGUCAGAAUGGUGGGGCUUGUUUAUAUCAUGGAGGAACAUUUACGUGUUUGUGCCAAGAUAGUUUUUUCGGGCCAAUGUGCUCGACAAAAUAUAAUCCAUGUAACACGUUAAGAUCGAAUUGUUGGAUGGAAUCAAGUUGCGUACCUUUAAUUGCAGAGUAUGAAUGUGAUUGUCCUUUAGGAAGAACAGGAAAAUUUUGUCAAAAUGAAACAAUAAUCAGCGAUGUUGGAUUCUCCGGAAUAAGAUCUUAUUUAACGUUAGAUCCAGUUGUUUUCGAAUUGAUUAAAUUCAAUAUUGAUUUUGAAUUGAGACCGUUAAGUGAUCGUGGAUUAGUUUUAUUUAUUGGGAAAAGAGAUUUUAUUUCGAUUUUUCUUCAUGGUAGUGUCUUGGAGAUUCGUUUAUUACCGAGUCGACAUCGAAUCUUAACGAGCGAUUUAAUUUCGUUGCGAAGUAAUAAACUCUUAGUUCUGGGAAAUUGGCAUAAAAUAAAUGUAGGAAUGUAUGGGAGAAAAACGUAUUUAUUCGUUGAUGGAAUUGUAACAACGGCUAUCUUAAAUAAUGGGGAUCUAUUAAAUUUGUCUGGGGAGACGAUUUAUUUGGGUGGACUUCCAGACUUAUCAAUACUUCCUAAUGAAGCGACGAUUUCGUAUCCAAUUCCGUUUAUGGGAUGUAUCAGAAACUUUUUUAUAAAUUCCCAACGAAUUCCGUUAACUUCAACAACCAUAAAAUCUUCAAGAAAUAUUGUUGAUUGCGAUGGAACUCCAUGCGGAGGAGAUUAUUGCGAAAAUAAUGGAUCUUGUUGGUUAGAUCCUAAUUUAAAUCCACAUUGUUCUUGUCCUGAUCCAUAUUACGGAGAAAAAUGUGAAGAGAUACCAUCAUGCGAAGAAAAACAUUGUGAGAAUAACGGAAAAUGCCUUGAAAAUAGAUGCGCUUGUACAAUUGGUUACUCAGGCGCGUUUUGCGAAACCACAAUCUCAGUUAAAACCCCGAUGUUUUCAAAAAACAGUUAUAUAAUAAUCAGUAAAGGAUUAGAUAAGAAAAGGGACCUAAAUUCGUUUAGCACAAAUUUUUAUUUAAAUUUUACGACUGUUUCUCAAAACGGAUUAAUUUUAUGGACGGAAAAAUCGCAAAGUUAUUUAGGAAUUGGAAUUGAAAAUGGUCACUUAAAAAUAGUGUAUUCCAUCGGAAAUUAUGACGAAAUCUUACAAGUUUUGGAUUUCCCAAAAAUAUCGGAUGGAUUGUGGCACAGUUUGGAAGUAAAUUUUGAACCUUUUAUUUUAAAAUUAGACCAAAAAGAAAUUAAUAUAGAAAUUGAGCAUUACAAUGGUACCUUGAAUGUAGACGAUAAAGUUUUUUAUUUAGGCGGAUUACCAAAAGAAAUAUCACAAAAAUAUCAGGGGAUAUUUGCGAAUUAUUUUGAAGGGUGUAUCAUUGAAUUUGGAUAUGGGAAAGAUGUUAAUAUUAAAGAUUUCAGUAAAUAUAAGGGUGAAAAUAUUGAGAUGUGCAACUUGGUAUGAUUUCUAGUCUAAUUUAAGUAAAUCAAAAACACUGCCAUUUAAUGUAUCUAGUCAAAAUAAGUAGACUUCCGAUAAUUCGAGACUUUACUGGAUUCCUGGAUUAUUGGUAUUCCACAAUAUUAGAUGUUAGCACAAUUAAUUUUUGUUAAAAAAGUCUUUUUCUUUGUUAAUUAUGUAGAAGAGUGUGACAAGUACAAAAAUUGUUUUAUGUAAUAUUUCUGUUAAGAUAAUAAAUUUCUUUUUAAAAUAAUUAAAA